UUCGUCGAUUAAGCGAGUCAACGAGUUUCUGAGAUUGAGCCAUGGUGGCGGUUCAACUAUCCUUGUCUCGUUGUCAGUUUAGGUAGUUAUUAGUUCUUACCGGUAUGAAGUAUGAACCAUGAAGAUCCUGAAAUUUGAAAUUUUCUUCUUAGCUGCUAGCAUCAUCAUGCUCGUUCCCAGGAAGAUAGCAACGCCGCUGCCGCCGUUGCACUCCAGAGAGGGCGGCCCCGCAUGAAAUUUGGGAGUUGAGACUCGAAACUUCUUCAAGCGUCCAAAGUCAAAUAGAUCCGAUGGCCAGUAUUGUCCUUUCACCGAAUCGUGUGGUGAGAUUACUACACGAUUGAGAGUUAGGAGCUUACGGUAUGACUAGGAACGAUUGGGAGGACUACGAAUCUACGAUCCUAACAACGAAUAAAUGGUCAGUCAUAUUCGUCUCCGAGAAGAGUUCGCAAAUCGAAAGCGCUGAGAAUUGAGAAAACGAAACGUAAGAAGAGGAGGCUGUCAAAUGACAUAAAUGCCCCUUACAAGGAUACGUGUCCUCCUUGCAGUUGCAGGGCAUUUCCAGGAUAAUUCACUCCGUGUAGAGUCUACUACAUACGCGUCGCAGAGGAUCCGGAUUCCGGACUGGCUACGCAAAAAAGGUGGCUCGAUGUAGUCAUAAAGAAGCCCUCAGAGUCCCACCGUCGGUUCUGUUCUUCUUCCCUCCUCUCUUGAUUCGAUCGCUUCUGCUUCUGAGUGAAUCUCACUGACAUUUCAUAGAAUGAAUUCCUCUGGGAGUGCUCACAAUUUGUUAUUUUUGAUGCGAAAUGAGUUUCUUCAAAGGGUUUAUUGAUUCUCUGGGUGAUAUCUUCUCCGGCCCGGGUUCUGCUAAUGAACCUCACUCAACUGCACCUGCAAUCGCCCCUGCAACUUCCGACGAUCAGAGAGAGAGCCCCAUGGAAGGCGCCGCUUUACCUACCGCUUCGAAUGAAAGGACCGCAUGCAAGCUUAAAGGCUACUUUGAUCUAGCCAAGGUUGAGAUCGACAAAGCCGUUCGAGCCGAAGAGUGGGGUUUGAGCGAUGAAGCUAUCCUCCACUAUAAUAACGCUCAGCGUAUAUUGCUUGAAGCCAAUGCCACCAGACCACAUUUGUACAUCUCCUCCAGUGAGCAAGAGAAGGUGAAGACUUAUCACCAAAAAAUAUCCAAAUGGCAGAAACAGGUUGCAGAGAGACUUCAAGUCUUAAAUCGUCGAACAGCUGGGAUGUCAACAAACAAGAAUACUUUAACCCCUUCUCAAGCUCCGGCGAUCACUUGUGCUCGGAAAGAUAUAAAUACUUUAACCUCUUCUCAAGCUCCAGCAGUUUCAUCAGAAAUCUCUUGUGCUCGGAAAGAUAUAAUACGGAAACCUUCCUCUUUUAAUAGAAACAGUGCAACAGCUAAGAGAUUGACAAAUAAUGCUGGAAGCUCAAAAGCUGUUCAAGAACCUGGUAAUGGGUAUGAUGCAAAACUGGUUGAAAUGAUAAAUACAGUGAUUAUUGACAGAAGUCCUUCUGUUAAAUGGGAAGAUGUUGCUGGCCUUGAGAAGGCAAAGCAAGCAUUAUUGGAAAUGGUCAUCUUACCAACUAAGAGAAGAGACCUCUUCACUGGGCUUCGAAGGCCAGCUAGAGGUCUGCUUCUUUUUGGCCCACCUGGCAAUGGGAAAACGAUGCUUGCCAAAGCUGUUGCAUCAGAAUCACAGGCAACAUUUUUUAAUGUUACUGCUUCUUCUCUUACAUCGAAGUGGGUAGGAGAGGCUGAAAAACUGGUCCGUACUCUUUUCAUGGUUGCAAUUUCCAGGCAGCCAUCUGUAAUUUUCAUUGAUGAAAUUGAUAGUAUUUUGUCCACAAGGUUGGCUAAUGAGAAUGAUGCAAGCAGAAGGUUGAAGUCAGAGUUCCUAAUCCAAUUUGAUGGUGUGUCAUCUAAUCCAGAUGACUUGGUAAUUGUUAUUGGUGCAACUAAUAAGCCGCAAGAAUUGGAUGAUGCAGUUCUUCGGAGAUUGGUGAAGAGAAUAUAUGUACCUCUCCCUGAUGAGAGUGUUAGGAGGCUUCUUCUCAAGCAUAAACUCAAGGGUCAAGCAUUUUCCUUACCUGGUGGAGAUUUGGAGAGACUUGUGAAAGAGACAGAAGGAUAUUCUGGAAGUGACCUACAAGCCUUGUGUGAAGAAGCUGCAAUGAUGCCCAUCAGGGAACUUGGUCCAAACAUUCUCACUGUCAAGCCAAAUCAGGUGCGCUCAUUGAAAUAUGGGGAUUUCAAGAAAGCAAUGACUGUCAUCAAACCUAGCCUACAGAAAAGCAAGUGGGAGGAACUUGAACGGUGGAACAAGGAGUUUGGCUCUAAUUAAAUGCUGAAGAUUACGUAGAAACUUAGAUUAACAUGAAAAUCCGAAAUUGCAACCUGUUGAUGGAUAUACAAUAACACAUUAUUACUCAUUAGAUGAGAUCCUAAUCGACCCGAGAAGGAUGCAAGUUGAGCAAGUUCAACUACAAUUGUUCGUUGCUGUGGAAGUUCAACUUGUUUUCAAAGGGGGUUUUUUCUUAAAAAAAAAAGAAGAAAAUGGAAAGGAGGGUUCUAAUUCAGUUGCAUUAUGUAAAUGCUGUAUGUACUGCAAUUGCCUCGCGAUAUUACAUUUUUUGUAUCUUUUGGGUAAUAAAAUGCAAUUCUAAGCUGUCUAUGUCCGUCAAAA